GCGCUCGGGCGCCCGCAGGAGCGACUGGGCCGCGCCGCCCAGCCCGCGGCCAUGAGUGAGGCAGAAGUGAAUCCCAAAGCUUACCCCCUGGCUGAUGCGCAGCUCACCAAAACGCUACUGGAUCUCGUGCAGCAAUCCUGCAACUACAAGCAGCUACGCAAAGGAGCCAAUGAAGCCACCAAAACACUGAACCGAGGGAUAGCGGAGUUCAUUGUGAUGGCAGCAGAUGCAGAACCCUUGGAGAUAAUCCUGCACCUGCCUCUUCUCUGUGAGGACAAGAACGUACCUUAUGUGUUUGUGCGCUCCAAGCAAGCCCUGGGCCGGGCGUGUGGUGUUUCCCGGCCUGUCAUCGCCUGCUCCAUCACCAUCAAGGAAGGAUCACAGCUAAAGCCUCAGAUCCAGUCUGUCCAGCAAGCUAUAGAAAGACUGUUGGUCUAAAUGCCCAAUGAGUUUUAAGUGUGUGUGGAAUAGAAAAGCUGAGGUCAGGGGAAUGAGUGUCUAGCUUCAGUUGAGGUUACAAUUUUGAUAUUGGUGUUUCAUUUCAAAACACCGUAUUUUUGUUUAAUAACGGCUUAAUUCUUAGUGUUUCUGCCUCUCCUCCCCUGUCUUUUCUAAUAUUCCACCCCAACACAUUCAUUCUCCUUGUAUUACUUCUUGAAAAGUGAUUGUACAAUUGUAUUUCCUGUUUGUUGUUAAAUAGAAAGAAAAAAACAAAUGCCCCCUUAUCUCCACCUCUGCCUGCUCAGGGCUUUUUUUUAACCCACCCUUUAGCUUACUCUACGUUAUUUCUGCUAAGCUUCAGCCUCUAACAGGUGUGAGCAACUCUGUGUUUCCAAAUGGUUUUAGUUUACUACUGAGGAUAAGGCAUGUAGGUUCCCAGUGUGUGAUAGAGCAGCACAGACCAUGUAUAUAUGGCAGGCAGCGGCUACUGUGCAGCAGCGGACGGAGCCAAGAUGAGUACACGUAGCACAACCCUUAUUCUUCUGGAAACCAGAGAAGAGACUUCUGUAAGAGGUGUAUGGGGAGCAGAAACCUUAUGGCAGUGCACAAGGGGAAAUCUCGUAUCGCGCUUAUUUUUAAAUACUGACUUUUUAAGAAAAAUAAAAUUGCUGAUAAAGCUAAA